AUGGAAGCUUAUUCAUCAUCUUCUUCUUCGGCUUUAGCAAGAGGGUCAAAGGACUCGCAGCCUUUCCAUGCGUCGCUUCACUCGGUUCGUAAGCCGAUCGGGAAGCCGGGAAGAAGCCGAUUUCGCCAUUGCAACCUCGUCUCGCCUUCAGAGAGUGGGGCGCCGCCGCAGCCGCCGCCCGUCCGGGUUGCACCACCACAGCCAUUUCAUGUGGUUUCCAGAAUGUAUCAACCGAAUCCCCAUAACCGAAAAUACUCCGAUGUAUCGUCGGAUUCACUUGGGUUCAAUUUGUCACCAUCGUCUUAUAGUUGGUGCACUUUCCCCAUUCUCAGUCCAAAAACUCUGUCUAGCUUGGACCAAAGCAGUGUCCCUUAG